AUGUUCUAUAAAGGCAUGCUACAGAAUGGUGUCACUGCUCCAGAGCGUCUUCGCAAGAAUGUUGAUUUCCCUUGGCCUGCCCCGGACACUCUGAUGUUCUUUUACCAGAACCUUGGCCAGGAGGAAAUAUCCUCCAGUGGAACUUCGUUCCUCAAUAGGACGGAAGCAUCCAACAUUGAGAAGAUCGUGACCAAGUUCUUUGAGUCAGGUGUCGUACCUAACCAAAUCGGCGUUGUCACACCCUACGAGGGCCAAUGUUCCUACAUUGUCAACUAUAUGCAGUUCAACGGGUCUCUCAAGAAAGAGCUAUAUAAGGAUAUCGAGGUGGCCAGUAAGGAUUAUAUCAUUUUGAGCUGCGUUAGAAGCAAUGAACACCAGGGCAUCGGUUUCUUAAAUGACCCUCAUCACUUGAAUGUGGCUUUGACUCGUGCAAAGUAUGGAGUCGUUAUCCUUGGAAACCCAAAGGUUCUCAGCAAGCACCCACUGUGGCACUACCUUCUUACGCACUACAAGGAACGUAACACCCUUGUCGAGGGCCUGCUGAAUAACUUACAGGCGAGCAUGAUCCAAUUCAGUAAACCUCGCCGCUCCCUCGUCAAGUCCAUGGACCAAUUUCGUCGCCACGAGACAAAUGCACGGGACUACAUCCCCAGCACUGGAGGUGCAGGCAGAUCUGGAACACCAAGUCGCUUCGAUACUAGUCUCUACCGCACUCAUGAUGCUCUCGGAUACAUCCUGUCUGACGUGCAGUCUCUACGCUCCCAAGCCACUUAUUCUUCUGGACUCCCUAUGUUUGCAGCGGCUGGUGGAUUUGGUCCUGGUAUACCCCGCGGCUCCGGAGGUGUUGGGAAGCGCAGCACGUACAGUAGCUAUGCCAGUUCCAUCAUCUCUCAGGAUGCUGGACCGCCAAGCACCGCAAGCAUUGGCGGUUCUGCCAUGGCAUUCUCGCAGUCAGACCGUUUACAGAGGCGUGGCUCCUUCUCCUCUGCUGCUGGUGCUUCUGACAUGGCCAGCAUGAGUGGAUAUGAUUACAAGAGCCAGGACAGCCGGUAUGCGGGGACACAAUCGGGCGUGACUGUGUUCUAG